UUAAAGAAGUACAGCCAUGUUAACAAAAACGCUUUGGAUCAGUUUGUAAAUUUCUCCGAGCAGAAAGAAAAGUUAAUAAAGCGACAAGAAGAGUUAGAUAGGGGUUACAAAUCGAUCAUGGAGCUGAUGAAUAUACUUGAACUUCGGAAAUAUGAAGCUAUUCAGUUAACUUUCAAACAGGUAUCCAAGAACUUCAGUGAAGUAUUCCAGAAGUUAGUACGUGGUGGCAAAGCUACUUUGGUGAUGAAGAAAGGAGAUGUGGAGGGCAGUCAGUCUCAAGAUGAAGGAGAAGGGAGUGGUGAGAGUGAGAGGGGUUCUGGCUAACAAAGCAGUGUCCCAUCAGUUGACCAGUUUACUGGAGUUGGAAUUAGGGUGUCAUUUACAGGAAAACAAGGUGAAAUGACAGAAAUGCAACAGCUUUCAGGUGGACAGAAAUCCUUGGUAGCCCUUGCUCUGAUUUUUGCCAUUCAGAAAUGUGACCCGGCUCCAUUUUACUUGUUUGAUGAGAUUGACCAGGCUCUGGAUGCUCAGCACAGAAAGGCUGUGUCAGAUAUGAUUAUGGAACUUGCUGUACAUGCUCAGUUUAUUACAACUACUUUUAGGCCUGAACUGCUUGAGUCAGCUGACAAAUUCUAUGGUGUAAAGUUCAGAAAUAAGGUUAGUCAUAUUGAUGUGAUCACAGCGGAGAUGGCCAAAGACUUUGUAGAAGAUGAUACCACACAUGGUUAACUGGAAAAUACUACCUACUGGUUUGGGAGAUGUGUAUAGUAAUAUGAUUCUCAUACCCAGGAACUGUAAAUUUAAACCUAAAUAUUUGGCCAAUAGUUUUCAGACUUAAAGCAUCAUAGUCCUUUUAUAUUUGUCUUUGUAUUUUAUAAGAUACUCUGUAAUGUCAUGUUUGUACUUACAGUUUUAGAAUUUAAUUUCCUGCACAACUUUUUGUAAAAUGUUCUGCUCCUAUUUUAAAUGUUUUGAAACAUGCUAAAUAUUCUUUCCUAAUUAUUUUAUCACUUAUACUGCCUUUUUUAUAGCUUCAAUUAAAUAAUCGGUUUUAUGACUAAAAAAAAAAAAAAAAAAAAA